AAACGCGCAAGUGGAAAAUUUUAAAAUUUAAGUUUAUUAAAAACAAAAAAAUAAAAAAGAAGUGAGAUUAUUUGAUAAUAAUAAUAAAACUGAAAACUACUUUGUGGAUUAACUGGAGUUCUUUGGUGAAAAAACUAUAAACCACAAGAUUGCAUCAAAUAACUUCACCAAAAUGUCGCAACCAAAAAAAAACAAAAGCUUGACAGCACGUUGAUGGCCAUAUUAACAAAAAUAGAAACUAUUCAAGAAGAUUUUAAAGAAAUUGAAACUCAUAUACUUCAAAACAAUAACAAUGAUUCUACGCAGCAAAAUCUUCUUUUAGACAAACUAUCAAAUCAAAAUGUUAAUGUGAGUAACAUUUUGGCAGAACAAACAAUUGCAUUUAAAUCUAUUAUUACAUCACUCUGGCAAAACCCAAAACAUCUUCAGCGUUUUCCAAUAGACUCCGAAGAUGAAUUGAAGGAGUGGGAAAAUGCCAUUGACAAUGAUAACAAAUGUGGAAUAAUUCAUGCAGUUAAAUGUUUACUGGGAAAAGGAGGUAUAAGAAAAAAAUGUAUUUUAAGCCUACACUUAAUCCUCAGUUAUAAUCUUCACGGAACUCACAACAAGAAGAGACUGUAUAGUUACAACAAAGUAAUGGAUGUUCUCUUACAAUAUCAAGAAGAUCUACAUAUGUCACAUUUAAAGCAAAAAAUGAAACUUUAA